AUGUCAGGGAGAGUAUCGUAUUUCGCGAGAUCUUCUUCGCAGUAUGUGGAUCUGUCUCGGCGUGGCGUUGCUGUAUGGUGGACCGUCCUACUUCUGGUGCACUUGCUGACAGGAGGAUACAAUGCAGCGUUCGCACUGUUUUACCAUGAGCUCAAGCAUACAUAUCUGUACGCGUGUCUCGAUUACUCUGGGAUCGGAAUGCCGGCUGAAAACCAUGAGGUCAUUUCUCUCGUGAACGCAGUAAUGGCUGCUAUCCACGGCGGAUUCGCGUUGCUAAUGAUCGGAGGUUCGCUUUGGCAUCGCGAAUUAGUUUUCUCUCCAUGGAAUACAGACAAAAAACAAGUUUUUUUAAAAAUUAACUCGAAAUCUAAAGUUGGGCGGGAAGGCUUAAUUGGUGUCAAUGGAGGCAGCUUUCACACGAUCCUUCUUGCUCGUGAGCUUGUGGAGACAUCAUUGCAAACCGUUCAAGCUUACCGGAUGAGUUGGUUGCUACCAAGGAUGCUGCUAAACCGCUUCUAUCUAAGUCUCAUAGUACUCAACUGCUGGUCGUCUGUGUUGGUUUACUCGCUGUUAUUUAAACGAAACGAGGCCCGGAAGCGAUUCGCAUAUCUUGUAUGCGAUUGCUCUUUGAACCUGAUAUCGUCUAUCGGCGUAUUAUUGAUCGCUUGGUCUGCCCACGUUUUAAACGAGUUCCAGAUGAUCCUCGUGGUGUCAUUUUCUUCGUAA